CCAUAAUAGAGUUUAGAACAAACAUAAUGAGGAAAAUACUCUUCAUCUUUGCAUCAUUACCAGUGUUAGCCUGGUCUCUGGUUGUGGAGGACGAUAUUCCACCAAUGUUACAGGAGUGUUACAAUGAACAGACAUAUUCCAACUCUUUGGACGUACAGACGAACUGCUUACAAAAAUACUUGUUCCAUUUAUUUGGAAAUUCCACACAACAAACAUUAUUGGACAAGAAUGCAUUAGACUGGAUAGACUCACUUGGUCGAAGUUUGCAUAACAGAUUAAAGAGACAAGCAAGUUAUAAUAGAUAUAAUACAUAUAAUAGAUAUAAUAGAUAUAACAGAUAUCAAAGGCCAAUCCCUUCAGUGGAUAGAAGACGAGUGAGAAAAGAAAUAAGGACAUUGACAGACCAGGAGAGGCAGGUCUUCUUUGAUGCUAUAAAUGCACUGAAGAAUGAUAGGUCAGCGAGCCCAAAUCAAUAUGAUGUCCUUGCCUUAAUGCACCAAACUGGAGCUCUAGCCUCUGCUCAUAGAGGUCCAAACUUUCCUAGCUGGCACAGAUACUAUCUCCUAAUUUUCGAAGAAGCCUGUAUCAGAAAGAGAAGUAGGUUUGUUCUACCAUACUGGGAUUCUUCUAUAGAUUAUAGAAUGAGUGAUCCAUCUGAAUCAGUUCUGUGGACAGAAAUAUUUCUUGGAAAUGGGAGAGGUGUAGUAUAUACUGGCCCAUUUGCAAUGUGGAAAACACCUGCAAAUAAUACAUAUUUAAGGCGAGAUAUUCCAGGCGCAAACAGUUCUUUAGUUAAUCCAGAUACGAUAGUUAACGUUUUUAGGAAACGUUAUAACAGAGAAAUAUUAACACCAACAGCGGCAACAGACGAGGACAAUUUAGAAAAUCAUCAUGACGGUGUUCAUCGAUGGGUUGGAGGUCAAGAUGGUCAUAUGGGCGGUUUAGAGACUAGUCCACAAGAUCCUGUAUUCUUUUUGCACCACUGUUAUAUAGAUUACAUCUGGGAAGUAUUUAGAGAAAGACAACAGAGACUGGGAAUAAACACAGAAGAGGACUAUCCAGAAACAACUAAUGAAAAUCACCACCCGAAUAGAAUGAUGGAUAAUCUCUCUCCACCAAGGACCAAUAAAUGGGGUUAUAGUAAUCAAUUUACAGAACGUAACGGUAUCUAUCGUUACGCCCCAGCACCCACUUGUGCCAAUAGAUGCGGUGGAGCCUACAAUGGUUACCUGUUUUGUAACAGAAGAACUGGCCAUUGCGAACCUAGAACCAAAAGGCAAUUCAUAGAUAUGGGUGGUUUCAGAAAUAUAGAUAGUCCUUACAUUAAUGACCAACCGAUGGUUGCUUCUGCUGCAAAUACACAAGCGGCACAAGGGGGUAGAUUUAGGCCUAGCUCCGAGUCCAGAUUGAGUAGCUCAAAUCCCGCUCCGUCAAUUUUGAGACAUUUUGAGACACACAUUGUCGAUCCAAGGACAAGAACUACACGCAAAAAGCGAUCAAUUGCUACAUUUGAUACCGAUAAUGUAGCUAUACAGUCAUCUUACCACCCUAAUGUAUUAGCAACAAUACCAGUAAAAAUUAUCAACACACAUCAUUUAUCAGGUAACAACCAGAACUCAUUUGAAAAUGUUAAUUUUGUACAACAAAUAUCUACCUUUAAUGUUUCCUAUGAAACUGUUGGCUUUUCAUACAAUGGUAAUCAUACGGGUCAUAUUAUAAUUGAUGAAAAAACACAGACUGCAGAAUCUACUGUUAUGAUUGCAUUUAAAAAACCUAUGCUCGGUGUGACAACAGCUCACGUAAGAGUUUAUGAUUCUUACGGUGGAAUAUGCAAAUCAGAAUGCUUUGAACCUGGAUUUAAGUUUUAUAAGGAAUGUUCCGGAGUUCUAAAAAUAACAACAGAUCUACCUCUUAUGUUCAAUGACCUCAGUGGACAUAUACAAGAUUCUCAAAGACCAUACAUGAUUUUUAAAUGCUAUAAUUAAUUACAUAAAACAACUUUGGUUGUCCUGUGAUAAUUUGUGAAUUCCAGUAAAGCCGGCAAGGGGCUUUUCAUUUCAUAAGUAACGUAAUUGUAUAUGUAUUGUUACUAUGAAGAGAAAACAAAAGAAGUGUUGAGCAUUAGGUAGGUAAAAUCAUUUUUAAAGGAUUAAUUGCUAAAUUUGACAUGACUUUGUGAAUUGAAAUCCCCCCUCAAAUUAUCCAAUAUUUUCUUCAUUGCGAAAAAAUUGUUCCUGAUUUUUUCAAGAUUCCAGUUAAGAAAAAUUAUUUGAAUUUUUUUUUUUAAAGCUUGAUAUUUUAAUCAUGCUUUAUAAUUCAAUUUUGGAUGUAACACGUCUUCUGAUUGGCUGAAAGUGUUUUGUCUAUCAGCUCAUAGACAUAAUUUUGUCAUGUGACCGCGACGUCAUCAACGUUUUUAUCAUGAUUUACUCCUUUUUAGAAUUAAAUUAUAAGAAAUGACUUUAAUAUUUUUUUCUGUCUAUUCGAAAUAACAUAAAAAAUGUGGUGCACACUUUUAAAUAACCCGCUACGCGGGUUAUUCAGUGUGCACCAUAUGUUUUAUGUUAUUUCUUCAUAGACAGAAAAAAUAUUACAGUCAUUCCGUUAAAUAAAAUAAUUACGACCAUAUAUUGUAACGUUACGUUAAUCUUCAAUGUGUCCUUUUUUCAUUAUGACAUGUUACACACUGUUGAUCGUUAAGUUUUCGUCCUUUUUUGUUUGUUUGAUUGAUUGCUGUUGUUUUUGGUAUGUGUGUGUUUUAUAAUUUGGCUUUCAAAUUUUUGUUUUAUUGUAUGAAUGUUAAUGAAAGCUAAAUAUAUGUCUUAUUGGUAACCUUGUACAAUAUUAAUAUGUUACAUUUAUAAAAAAAACCUGUUUUAUAAAUAUGUUAAGAUAUACCUAUAGAUAUUUUUUUUUUAAUAAUCAUCUUAGUUUUAUAUUUUGUAUUAAAUAACAUUCUCCAUUUACAGAUUUCUUUGUUGAAUUAUAUGUCUUACUCAUAAUAAAAACUAAGUAA